GACAAAAGAGCCGAGCUGCAGGAUAACGAGUGAACACGUUUAGAAGGACUGCAGUCCAGAAAAUCAAGGGGAAAGAAUAUUAAGAUAAAGACUGAAUAAGCUCACAGACAGAGCUACUGGCCAGCAAUAAAAUACCACUUGUUGACACAGACGGAUGAGCAGCUGAGGAAAAUUAUCGCCACGGAGACCAUCUCUGGAGACAUCCAACCAGCCCCUCAUGAAGCAGCAUCUUUCUGACCAUCAAGAAAGAAAGACUUCAACAUUUCUCUGUUUUCAUCAACUGAUAGAACACCAGCAUAAAUGUAAAAAUCAGGCAGAUUGAAACCUUUUAUUAUUAUAAUAAAUAAAAAUAAAUUAUUAUAAUAUAAUAAUACUAUAAAAAUGGACAAAAUAGCUAUUUUGGAAACUUUCCUGAGCUGCCGUGUGUGUUCAGAGACUUUCAGAGAUCCAGUGUCUCUGAGCUGCAACCACAGCUUCUGUUCAAGCUGCCUGAAGGAAUUCUGGGGACAAACUGAAAACACGAACUGUCCCACCUGUGAAAGAAAAUCUUCCAAUGAAUUUCCACUAGUGAAUAUGAUUCUGAAGAACCUGGCUGAUUCUUUUACUGAACGGCAGGUAUCUGGACCAUCAGAGACGGAGAAAGGAGAAAAUCAGUUGAUAGUGGUGUGCAGUGAACACCAAGAAGACCCUAAAUCCUUCUGUAAAGACGAUCAGAGAGCAGUUUGUCCUGUCUGUGAGUUUUCUCUCCAUCAGAGUCACAAAGUGGUUCCUCUAGAACAAGCAGUCAGUGAACUGAAGGAGCAGCUGAAAUCUGACUUAAAGCCUCUGCAGGAAAAGAAGGACAAAUACAAAGAAGUGGAGAAAACAUAUGAUGAUAUGCUUCAACACUCAAAGGAGCAGCUGUUUUCCACAGAGAGACAGAUCAGAGCAGAGUUCAAAAAGCUCCACCAGUUCCUGAAAGAGGAAGAGGAGUCUAGACUGGCAGCUCUGAGGGAGGAAGAGGAGCAGAAGAGGAAGACUAUCAGCAUAGAGAUGAAGAGGGUUCAGGAGCAGAUCUCCUCUCUGUCAGACAGUAUCUCUGCUGUUGAAGAAGACCUGCAGAAAAACAACCUGUUGUUCCUCAGCAGCUAUAAAGCCACUCAGAGCAGAGCCAGAGCCCAGAGCUCACUGUCAGAUCCACAGCUGCUCUCAGGAGCUCUGAUAGAUGUGGCCAAACAUCUGGGCAACCUGUCCUUCAGAGUCUGGGAGAAGAUGAAGGAGAAGGUCCAGUUCUAUCCUGUCAUUCUGGACCCAAACACUGCUAAUGGAUGGCUCCAUCUGUCUGAUGAUCUGACCUGUGUGAGACAUCGAGACACAAAGCAGGAGGUUCCUGAUAAUCCAGAGAGAAACACCAAAUAUAUUGAGGUCUUUGGUUCUGAUGGCUUCAGCUCUGGACAGCACAGCUGGGAGGUGGAGGUGGGAGACCAUCCUGUUUGGCUGGUAGGUUUGGUUAAAGAAUCUGUUAACAGAAAAAAAUAUAAAUGUGCUUCAUCAGAAUACGGGGUUUGGUGUUUAUGGCAUGAUGAUGGAGAAUAUGCUAACGGUGAUGGUCAGCCUCUCUCAGUGAAGCAAAGUCUCCAGAGAAUCAGACUGACCCUGGACUAUGACAGAGGGGGGGUGUCCUUCUAUGACCCUGAAGACAUGAGCCUCAUCUACACUUACAGAGACACUUUCACUGAAAAGCUCUUCCCGUAUUUUAGUAUAGGAGCAGCUGGUGAUGCCAAAACAUCUGAGGUCAAAAUAAAUGUCGCUUAGAUGCUGAUUAGAUCAAUCUGAUAUAAGUUAUUAAGGACAGAGAAGAUCAAAAAUCAUUCAUUGAUCCUGUUUGUUUUUUAUGAUAUUAUAUUCAUUUAGUCUCUAUUAAGAAGGACUAAUAACCUGGCAGCAGGUCAAUGUACUCCAUUUGGUCCGACUGUCUCUGAGCAGAAAUAUGGAACAUUUCAAAGAAAGCCUCUUGCUGCUGAUAGGU